UAUAGUUCAUUUAACUAUGCUUCCAGUAUCUCGGGCCAUAGACCGUCGAAUGAGUGGAACGAAGUCGUACUACGGCCUGGAAGGACUGAGGAAAACAACGAAAAACCUCGGUCAGGAUAGCCGGUCCCCGGUCCCGAAAUUUGAACCCGGAACCUCCCGAAUACGACGUUCGGAUGUUGUGAUAUCCUGGGAUCGAAGGCGAACAGCUGUAACGCCACGCACUGUUUCUCUGGCACGUCGAACACAGCCUAGGACACACUACGGCAGCAUGGAGAGCAGGCACGGCAGGCAGUGGGCCCAGCACCAAGCGGUCGCAGCCCCAUCAGUGUGCUGGCCGUUCAUGUGGUGGUGUCGCAAUGAGCCGCUACCAGACGAGGACGGAUUUGUGAAACGCAGACCCGAGUCUGAGGACGACGACGACGACGACGAGCUCCUGGACGGACAGGAAGUGGAGCCGCUACCCUCACACUACCGAGAAAGCGAGGUGCAGCUUGAGAACGAGCUUCUGAAACAACAGGUUAAGCUUCUGAAGAGUGAGUUGGAACGCAACGGAGCGACUCUGGAGGAAUCCCGGGCACUUCACAAGGAACUACAAGCAAAGAUAGACGAAGCAGAACACAAGAAGGGGCAAAACUGCGCGCAGGAGACACUUGACAGGCUCAACAAAGAGUUUCAGCGACGCGGACAACUGGAACGAGAGCUAGAAAAAGAGGUUGAAGAACGAAAACAAGUGACUGCAACUCUCCAGGAGGAGAUUCUGGAGCGACAAAGAGUGGAGCAGGACAUGAGAAUUCUGGCCCUGAACACAGAGGCUGAAAGAAGGGAACAGGAGAUUCUGAGGCGGCAGCUGCAAGUCGCCAUCGCCCUGGAAGUUCAGAAGCGCCAGGAACUGUCAGAAGAACUGGAACACGAGAAAACGCAAAGACACGAGCUCGAGAUGCAUUUGCAGGAGCUAGAGGCGGAGUUCAAGCAGGCGGACCUGAAGAGCGAGAUGCUGCAGCAAGAACUCCGAGAGCAGCUGCGGGAGAUGCAACGCGUCAUGAGCAUCCACGAGACGGACAGCAGCGAAAUUCCUUCUGGCGACAGCGACGAUGAGGGGUCACGUGACAACGAAACCAACAACGGCAUCAUCAAUGACGACGAAAGGGAGGAAGUUCGUCGGCUUCUUCUGGAGGAAUUUCAACGUCUGCAGUCCCGACAGCAUCCGGACCAACCAUCAGAAAAUACAAAUGCUCUUGCACUCGCCCCUCCGAAUACAACUGAAGCAAAUGACUCCAAAAUGGGCCCUCAAUCCCAACAUUCUGGUCUCACGCGCACAAAUUCUGAGCAAGAGCCGGACCUCGAAGCCGACGCAACUGAGGAGGACACAGCAGAAGGCGUUCGGAUGCCAGCGUAUGGAGACUGGCUCACACGACAGUGGAAUAUCCCGGGCACAUGCAGCACUGCCGAUUCCGAAGGUUGCACGUCGCGAAAACGCGAUUACUCGGACAUUCUUGGCGAAAAAGUUAAUUUUCAGGGCCAAGAUGUCACCGUGUCCUCGUUACUUGGAGAAGCCAUUCAGCCAGAAACAGAACCUCUUCUAAAAGCAUUUCGCGAGGCCCUAAGUACGGGAAAGAGACCCAUUAUUGGAGGUGGGUGUGCUUCUGAUGCGGGGUACUACGCCCCUCGCACACUACAAAGGAAGACCUACGUCCGCGGGGACAUUUUCAGACACAGAACGAGCAAGCUCUCAACGGCGAUUGCAGUCAGUGGGAUGACGAGGCAGCAACUUCAAGAAGCAGUCACACCAGGUGAGAGCAUACGCCAGUUCGACGAGGGCUCGGGGGUUGAGACUGCAGGUCCGAGGUUCAUUUUACUCGACAAAUUGACAGCGGCGCAUAAUUACAGCGAUCUCUGCAAAAGAGCGGGCAACUUUAAAGCAAUCCACUGGCUUUCGAAUGAACCUGGUGGAUUAGAAUGGAAGAAAUCUUCAGGCAGCAUCGAAGUAAUACAGCAAUACAUAGAUCCAGAGAAGAGCAAGGAAUUUGAGUCAGUCACAGACAUGGAAGGUGAGGCGGUCGUCCUGACUGGUAACGAUGGCGAAGGAAAAUCUACGUAUCUGACGAAUUUGCGAACAGAAAUGAACAGAAGUUCCCCUGCCACAUGGGUCAUCAGACUAAACUUGCACCAGCAUGAAAGUGACACGGACAAAUGCGAUUUAACAGAGGCUCGUGCGACUGAAUUGCUAUCGUCGGCUGCUGGGUUAGAAACGCCACUGGAGAGAGCGUUGCUCAAGUACAGCCUGAAGACAACCAAGAAUGUGGCAGUGCUUGUGGACGCGAUGGGAUUCCGCCGUAGGGAUGACGACCUUGAAUUGCUAAGGGUUCUGAAGGACAUGAAGAUGAAGAACUUGGUGAUCGCGGCCCAUCCACGUAUAACCACUCUGAUCGAAGAUGCUCUUUCUGUGCUGGCCUUCACUUUAAAACCGCUGGCCAGAGACGAGUUGCAGGUCCUCAUGACGAAAUUCUGGGGAACAAAUUCGAAGUCUACGGACGAUACAUUUUGCGUCGAAUUUUCUACGGCGUUGCUAAAUCUAAUUGAAAAAUCGUUUGUCAUGGCGAAGUCACUCACACCGUUACAUAUCAAAAUGGUAGCCCACGCUUUCGAAAAAGAUUAUGCGGCAUCCUUAAUGUCCAAAGUCAUUGACUUGCCACAGUGCGUAGACAUGACUGAAAUAUAUGAGAAGUACGCGAGACGUGAACUCCAAAGGCCGACGAAGACUGGUGCCGGUUCCGACGAAGACUGGGCCACUUGUCUGAAGGACGUCACACAUUCCGCAAUGUUAUCUGUGUUUCCUAAAGAAACUGUCAAACAAUUCAUUUCACGCGGAGGAUCGGCAAGUGACGUCAGCGACCAGUUUGCGUUCCUCCACCGCAGUCUAAAAGACUACGUCGCAGCAAAAUGGCUCGCAGAAAAUUAUCAGAGCCACAGAUCGUUUAUCCAAGAUAAAUAUUUCGCGGCUGAGCUGCAAUCAGUGUGGGCCAUGUUCGACCGCAUUCUCGCCACGCGGUGUGAACUGCACGCUUCAGUCUUGGCCAGAGACCCCCAGAGAGCGAAGGAAUUGCUUUCCGGUGGAUCUGAUGCAAACGCGUUGGACAAUGGCGGAAGAACUGCCCUGCACCUUGCGGCUAUCCAAACAAAGUAUCCCGCCGAGGGUGAUCCUAAAUGUGUCGAGAUCGCAUCGCUCCUAAUCGAUCACGGAGCAGAUGUCUCGAUUUCUGACACUGUACUGCAAUGGACCGCGUUGCGUUAUGCUGACAGGACAGGAUCGUUGACCAUGAUAGACAGAUUACUACGAGAAGGAGCAGAGAGCACUGACAUGGAAUGCACAGAACACAAACUUCUUACCCGCACUUCUUUGCAAGAGCUUGCAAGUAACGCCGCUUCGGACGGACUUGCACAUCUGACGGCGUACAUUCUGGGCACUGGCCUGGACGUCAACACGCCCCUUCAUUCCAGGAAGUACUCCCACCAGCAGAACGGACUUGUACACAUCGCAUCUGAAAACGGCCACGCAUCUCUGUUGGAGUUCCUCUUGGAAAGCAAUGCCGACGUAAAUCUGUGCAACUGGGACAGGAGUACGCCACUGCACUUGGCCUGCAGGCGAGGAAACAAAGACUGCGUUCUGAUACUAGUGGACAGCCAGGCCAGUGUUAAUCAGAGCAACAGGAACGGAGACACUCCUCUGCACGAAGCUGUCCGCAGCAGAAAUGCGGAUGUGCACGUGUGUAACGAGUACGGCGAUACGCCCCUGCACGUGGCAUGCCAAGGCAACAAUCUGACGGCAGUCAGUCAACUCAUGCAGAGAAAGGCGGAUGAGACCACCCGGAACAGAGGCCGAGACAGUCCUCUGGACUGUGCCGUAUCGGGAGGCCACGUGGCACUGGUGAGGUACAUGUUGACGAGGGAUGGAGGAACAACCUUGCUCUGCGCGGACGGCGACGAGCGUACGCCAUUACAUCUGGCCGCGGCAAACGGCGAUCCCCGGAUGCUGGAGUGCUUGCUGCAAGAGACGCCUUGGGUGGAUGUGAGCACAGCGGCAGGAGACACUGCCUUGCAUGUCGCGUGUCUGCACGGAAACACGGAUGCCACUGCGUUACUGCUGAAGGCAGGGGCUGAGAUUAACAGAGCCAACAACUACGGGAAUACUCCUCUACACCUUGCUUCAAUGCGAGGUAAUACGGACACCCUGAAUGAGCUACUCAAACGCAACGCACACAUCAACGCUUGUAACAACGAGGGCAACACGCCCCUACACAUGGCAUCUGCUCAAGGGAGAGCGGAAGCGGCACAGUGCUUAAUAAAACACGGCGCCGACGUCGGUAUCAAGAACCGCGAGAAAAACACGCCAUUACAGCUGGCAGCAAGUAAGGGUGACCUGGAGGUCAUAAGACACUUGACAGAAGCGAACUCCGAUGUCAACGCCGUGAACACGAACGGGAACACAAUUCUGCACCAGUCUGCAAGGAAUGGGAGUGCAGACAUCGUGAAACUCUUGCUGAGUACUGGUCGCUGUAAUCUGGAUGCAAAAGACGACAAAGGAGAAACGCCUCUGUUCGUGGCUGCCAGGAACGGAUUCGCGGACAUCGUGGAGAGUCUGGCGCUCUCUGGAGCGGACAUCAAUUUCCGAGCAGCCGACGGCGACGCUCCAAUGCACGUAGCAGUCGAGAGCGGGAAUGUGGAGCUGGUGAACAGACUCCGGGAGCUAGGAGCCGAUUUAAACGUUCGUAAUUCACUAGGGAACACUCCUCUUCACAGAGCGGUGUUCUGUAGUGACGAAGCAAUGAUACGGCACUUAGUCGAGAUAAGGGUUCACAGACGCGUUGAGAAUUCGGAGGGCGACACGCCUUUCGACCUGGCUGCUCGGAUGGGGUUAAGUAACUCCAUUCUUAAAAUUCUCUAAAGAGUACUAAAAUUCGCUUUUCGUCUAAAUUUAGAGAGUGAACUCGAACACUGUAGUUUUUCUUUACGUGAAAUAAAUGUUGCUGUGUUUUGAAUUGUAAAAAUCGUCUCUUAGUCCAUUACUCUCCCUAAUAUUACGACAGAAUGAGGUAUAAAGGUCAAAGAAUAAUCUCGACGAAUUACGUCUUAUCUCCUGGUUCAUCAACAUCCAUACGAUUACACUAAGCUUGGCCUGUGUUGGAACAUUGGCGCAUUAAAGUAUUAAAGUUACUGAUGGGGCAAGCUGUAAGCGGAAAACGUGCAGAUUUACAGGACUGAGGGUCUGGCAUCCCAGCACACGACUAUCUGACGCUAAUCUGACUAGAGGCUAAGCGGCCGCCAGCCGCGAUUACACGACUUGCGAGCAUUACGGUCGCAAGUGACGAUCACCGACGGCACAUCACAUCUAGGAGCACGAUAUUCGGUCUGGUGCGACGUAAUCAUCUUAGCAACUCUUUUAACUCCUUUCUGUCCGUUGGGUUCAGAGACCCGAAACUUUUAUCUCACGUAUUCAAGACUCUUAACCCGUCACCAAGUCAGCGAACCGCUGAACCACACGCAAGUGUGUUUUCAUAUAACAAAAUCAUUUAAAUUAAUGUAACCCAAACUGACACAAGUGCACAAAACAUUUUCCUAC